UGACAACUGGAUAAUGUAGUGUAGACUUUAAGACCAAAUUCUACCAGGUCUUUAGGAGAAUAUUUCACACACACUCGAGUGUAACACAGGAUUACCUCAGAGAUCAGAACAGACAGGAGUUUGGAUAUGCAGGACAAUUCCAGAGAUGUUUUACCGGCAUGUGAAUAUGUAAACUGGGAGAAACCCCGAAAUUCCGGGAACAUAAACAGGCAGGAACCUCAACACUCAGGAGGCGAUACAGCAUGGAGCAGAUGUUCCAGGUUGAUGGCAGUGUGUGCAGCGCUGCUGUGUGUUCUCCUGCUGAGCGUCGCUAUACUGCAAUCAAUAAAACUCAACAACAUGACUAGAGAAAGAGACCGGUUGCAGAUCAGGUAUGACAGCAUGACCUCAGAGAGAGAUAAACUGCAGAAGAUGUUGAAUAAUACAGUCCAGCAGUGUCUGAGAUAUUUCAUCACAAAGCGCAUGGACUGGAAUAAGGCUAGACAGGAAUGCAGAUCAAGAGGAGCCGACCUUGUGAUCAUCAACAGCCGAGAAGAACAGGAGUACCUCAGUCAGAUGGUUACCGGUGAGGCUUGGAUUGGUCUGAGUGACAGCGCUGAAGAGGGGAAGUGGAUGUGGGUGGACAAUACCACCGCGACCACAGGGUUCUGGUGGCAAGGAGAACCUAAUAACCAUGAAGGGAAUGAGGACUGCGCUUUAACUGGCAGCAAAUUUGCUAAAGCUAAAAUGACAACAUGGGCUGAUUCUCGCUGUGAAACCAAAUUGCGUGCGAUUUGUGAAAUGAAGGCAAAAUGAUUAGAGCAAAAAUUUCUUUUAACUUAAAAAAUAUGUGUAUUUUGUUCAUCUGUUUCUAUUCCAGGGUGAAAUCCAUGAGUUUAAGCCAAAUUCAGCUAGUUUUGUAAAAAUGUUGCAGGGAAGUGAUGAUUUUUUAAAGGAAAUAAUCUAAAAUAAAAAAAAAUUUAAAUUCUCCAAAAAAAAAAAUUAAAAGAAAGGAGAAGAAAAAGUGGAUAAUAGCUAUAAUAUGAAAUGAUAAAAUGGUGAAUUGAAAAAGUCAGUCUCUCUUUUCACUUAGUUUAGUCUUUUUGCACAAGACCUAUAUAAAUGUGCCAGAUGUAGUUGGGAUGGGCAUUUCUCUAAGACCUGGCAACCAUGUUGUUCAAACACAUUGCAAAUCCAACUACAAUUCAAAAGAGUUAAAAUUAUUCCCCUGCUAUUCUGACCAAUUAGAUUUCCUGUGUCAUCAUCAUUCAUUUCUUUUUAUUUCUGUGCUUUUUUAAUUUCUACUGUUUGCACUUCUGGUAGAUUUGUU